UUGACAGUUGCUUUAAAUUAGAAUGGCUGGCUGGAGUUCAACGCAAUGAGUGGGAGUUUAUUUAGCUGAAAAAGACAGUUGCAAAACUUGGGAAUCGGGCUCCAAAUGAGCUGGGAGAAGUCCAUUAUUGGACAGUAAGGCACUUCUCCUUGUUUUUGGAAGAAUUUUCACUCUUUGGCGUAUUUAUAUUUGUGUGAAUUUUAAAAAGUAUGUUGCAGCUCCAGAGGAAGCAUAGGAUUUUGUUGGAAUACUUGAGUACAGUGGCUGCAGCACAAGCACCAAGGAUGUUUGUGUUGCUCUAUGUCACAAGUUUUGCCCUCUAUACAAGUGGGCAGCCGCUUCACAGCCAUUUUAAAGGAGAAAAUUAUUCUACAAGAUACGUUUGUAGCAUACCUGGAUUGCCAGGUCCUGCAGGUCUUCCUGGAGAUCACGGAUCGCCUGGACCUCAUGGGCGCAUAGGUAUCCCAGGCCGAGACGGUAGAGAUGGCAGGAAGGGAGAAAAGGGUGAGAAAGGAAAUGCAGGUUUAAGAGGAAAGACCGGUCCUGUAGGACAAUCUGGGGAGAAAGGAGACCAAGGAGAACCUGGUAAAAAAGGACCUACUGGAAUGGGAGGUACUAAAGGUGAUGUGGGUCCUGUUGGUCCAGCAGGCCCGAAAGGGAAUAAAGGAGAAAGAGGGAAAACAGGUUUGCCAGGAAUCUGUAAAUGUGGGAAAAUAGUACUGAAAUCUGCCUUCUCUGUUGGGAUCACCACGAGUUACCCAGAGGAAAGAUUACCAAUCAUAUUCAAUAAAGUCCUAUUCAAUGAAGGUGGACAUUAUAAUCCUUCAAAUGGGAAGUUUAUAUGUGCCAUCCCAGGGAUUUAUUACUUCUCCUAUGACAUCACCUUGGCAAAUAAACAUCUUGCCAUUGGCUUAGUUCAUAAUGGCAAAUUUCGGAUAAAAACAUUUGAUGCUAAUACAGGAAACCAUGAUGUAGCUUCUGGGUCAACAGUGAUUUAUCUUCAGCCAGAGGAUGAAGUAUGGCUUGAGAUCUUCUACACUGAUCAGAAUGGCCUGUUUGCUGAUCCCACAUGGGCAGACAGUCUGUUUUCAGGAUUUCUUUUAUAUGUUGAUACAGACUAUCUUGAUGCUCUAUCAGAUGAAGAUGAACUGUGAUGUUGGACACAUCUAAGAACCUCAAGACAAUGAACAGAAUCUGAUCUUCACUGCUAGAGACAAAAUAAUAAAUUUGGUUCUACUGUCAAUGCUCCCAAAGUAGAAUACCUAUUUUCCAGUCAUUGGUGCUUAUAUGGUUGUCUACUGUUGUUGUUUUUUAUCAAACAGCUGGUUCUACUAACUCAGUGUAUAUAAUAGUCCUCUCCAAAACCAUGUUUAUAAUAAUAAUUGAACAAAAUUCUGAUAAUGUACCUGCAGUUUUAUAUAAAAUGUUGAGUAACAAUGUGGUUCUUAUGAAUGACGUGGAGUUACUAAAUUGCUGGAUACUUACUGCUAUGAAGCUAAAUAUGGGUAAAUGCUCUUAUCAUUUAAGGGAGGUGCUAAAUACAAGCAAGAAGAAUUGUAAAUGCAUUUAUACUACUGUUACAUCUCUUUAAUUAUAUGAACACAGCCAAGACUUGAAGAAGUAUGAAGGCAGAUUUGUGGGUACAUCCCCCUCACCCUGACAAAGCACUUCUGCAAAGCAGUGCUGAAACAUUUGAGUUUCAAAAACAGCUCAGCAGAGCAACAAUAUAAGAGGCUGCUUUUUCAGGAAAGAAAGGCAUCUAUGUGCGUACAAAAACAACAAAAGGUUUUGUGGGCACCAAAUUUAUUCAUGCAUAAGCUUUUGUGGAUGAUAGCCCACAUCAGAUGCAUGGAAUCUUAUGCAUCUUAUAUAUUUGUUAGUCUUUAAGGUGAUCAUGACUCUUUGUUGCAAUGGACUUACACAACUACCCUCUGGAAAUUGUUGCUAUAUGCGUACAAGUUCUUGCACCCAUGUAAGGGACCUUCCUGACUUACAACUUUCUCAAAAUACCAGUGGCUCUGGUUCUUGUUUUUAUCAUUCCCCUCUUCAGUUAUUAUUUAUACAAGUACCUGAUUUGCACUAGGCAUGGAACAAUAAUAGAGCGCCCAGUGCCUGUGCCAAAAUCCACUCCGAUUUGUUUUCAUAAUACUCUUUGAAUAGUCAAAUACUGAUCUUCUGAAUUGUCUUACUGCUCAAGAAUACAACUGGUAUUUGUUCAAAACUGGAAGAUAACUUGGAAUCGACUAUAAAAUAAUUUGCUGUCUUUAAUAUGUAGUUGUAUGGUUACAAAAGAUUGGGUUUUGUUAUCACAGACGAUGCUCUGUUAUUUUGUUUUUAUUUCCCAGAGCUCUGGUAACUGAUUUCCCUCAGAAAGGUGUCAAACAUCUUUGAAAAGCGUUGUGUUCAAGAUGUGGUGAUAAUAAAACCCUAUGGUGAUUGAUCUAUGAUGGUCAACUCACACAUGCAAGUUGGCAUUUGUUUUAGCUGCAUAAACAGCUGUGUAUGAAACAGGCCUCAAUAACCCUGGUCCAAUCAAUUACAGGUCCCUUGUAUCAUAAGAAUAUUGCCCUAAAGGCUUUAAGACCAGGUUUUAAUAGUUUUAAGAUGGCUUCCAGGUGGGGUGCUAUUAGCUAGAACUCUGGCCUUAGCUAGACCUAAGGUUUAUCCUGGGAUCGUCCCGGGGUCAUCCCUGUUUAUGUAAAUGACACACAGGAUAUCCCAGGAGCAGACAGGGACGACCCCGGGAUAAACCUUAGGUCUAGCUAAGGCCUCUAUGUUCCCUGGAUUUCUGUCAAACAUCUUUAAUAUGGUGAAUGAGGGGUAGAUUGUAACAGAGAAGUGGUGGAUGAGAGGGAAAGUUCAUAACACUUCCACUUCCUGCCCUGUUUUGCCAGAGCUCCAGAAGUGAAAGCUAAGAUCUUAUACAUUGAAUGUAUAAAGCUAUCUAUAUUGUACUAGGCACACGUGCACACACAAGGCUUCCUUAUAAGAAACCUUGACCUUCCACCUUUCUUUUAGAAAUCAAAUACUUUCUCUAGUUCCCAUGACAGCUUUCUGCAGUUAAAAUUAAAAGAAGUAGUAAUGUUGUUUAUGGUGGUGCUCCCAUGCACCACUGCUCAAUCUUAUGAUGGACCUUCUCACCUGAUUGUACCCUCAUAUUUUUACCCCUGCUUAUAACUAUUUUUUUUUAACCAAUAACUGUUUCCAAAUUCACUAUCCAAGUAAUUAUGUUGUACUAGACUAAAACAUUUGUAAUACAUUCUGGUUGCAAGCAUAACUUUAAGUGAAGCUACUCACUCUCUAAAAGAGCAACAUAAAACUAAAAGA